AUGGCUACACAAGAGAGAACUUUCAGUCGGACAGUCGGGACUGCACAAGCCUACAAUGCUAAAUCUGAGAAGCCGCCGGUCAAGAGACAUGUUCUGGGCGAGAUACAACCCAGAGCACCACGAGUGCCUGGCGCAAGUCCAAGACAAAACAUCGAACCUCGUUGCGGCUCCUCGCCUCGACUUCCACAUCAUGCAUCUCUAAAACCUGAAGGCAACCUAUCCGUGCGGGAAAAGGUAGCUGGCAAGGUCCCUGCGAUCGAGAACAAACGGCUCUCUACCAUUGCUGACGAAAUGGCCGCCAACGACAAGCGCAAUUCGCAAGCCUCCACAAUCUCGAAUUCUUCUGGCGCUGGGAAAGGGAAAAGAAAGACUCAUGUUGGACCAUGGCAGUUGGGCAAGACUUUGGGAAAAGGUGCUACUGGAAGAGUUCGUCUUGCAAAACACGCUUUGACCGGUCAGGUGGCUGCGGUCAAGAUCGUCUCCAAGAAAUCCGCCGCUUUGGUUCAGAGUGCGAGUAUGGCUCGAAUGGACAAGGAUGAUACCGCAUCGAUGAUCGCAGCUGGCCCUCGCACAAUGCCUUUUGGGAUCGAACGUGAGGUCGUGAUCAUGAAGCUCAUUGAACACCCCAACAUUAUCAACCUCUAUGACAUCUGGGAGAACCGUGGUGAGUUGUACCUCGUCCUCGAAUAUGUCUCCGGUGGCGAACUGUUCGACUACGUCUCAAGCAAUGGAGCACUACCGGAAGGGGAAGCAGUCAGACUCUUCCGCCAGAUCAUUGCCGGACUCUCGUACUGCCAUCGCUUCAACAUCUGCCAUAGAGAUCUGAAGCCUGAAAACAUUCUGCUUGAUGCCGAACGAAACAUCAAGUUAGCAGAUUUUGGCAUGGCAGCCCUGCAACCGGACGGGACCUGGCUGAAUACUUCUUGCGGGAGUCCACACUACGCGGCACCAGAAAUCAUCCUUGGUCAGAAAUACCGAGGAGAUAUGGCCGACAUCUGGAGCACAGGUAUCAUCUUAUUUGCCAUGCUCAACGGCUUUCUGCCAUUCGAUGGUGGUACUCUACAGAACACUUUGCGUCUGGUCAAGAAAGGAGAAUACUAUCUGCCACCCAACCUGAGCGUCGAAGCCUCAGAUCUCGUUCAGCGGAUUCUGCAGAAGCGACCUGAGAAGAGAAGUAACAUGGAACAAAUCUGGGCACAUCCGCUUUUGCGCAAGUACGAGAAAUAUCAUGCAAGCCUGGCCGCACCAGAACCGCUCAUCGGUCAAGCCCCUCCGCUAAGCGUCGAAGCGCAAACAAAACGCGUGACUAGGCGGUCCGACCUUGAUGCUGAGAUUUUGAGCAAUCUUUCGACUCUCUGGCAUGGCGAGAGAAUCGUAGAGUUGACAAAAAGACUGAUGAGCGAAGAGCCGAACCAUGAGAAGCUGUUCUACUGGGCUCUGGUCAAAUUCAGAGAUGAUCAACUUGAGAAUUAUCCUGGUGAAUCCCUUCAGUACUCAGCGAGUGACUAUCAUCAUGUCGGCAAACCAGUGCCGAAACCUACCAAGCGCCCUGCGACCAGUCGUGGUCACCAUCGUCGUCAUUCCCAGUUCUCGAUUGUCAGCGAUGAUGCCAGCCAUCGUGAUGGGUACUACAAGAACCCAGCAACAGCAGCGAGCAAGGUCACCCAAAGCAGCUACGAUCCAUACCGAGCUUCUAGGACGCCUAUCGCAGACAAUAAUGCUGAACCUGCAACAGUAGUUGUCCGCCGACAUGGGGCUGCGUCUGCUGGUCGACCAGGUAGUUCAGCCGGCAGUGUCCGCAACAAAGCCUUGGAGCGGAUACAAGACGAAGUUCCUGCCCUCCCAACUUUCACCUCCGAAGAGCUUGAGAGGCUCAUCCAGAAAAAGCGAGCGUCAUACUCUACGGCAACAUCUAAGAGUUCUCUGUCCACCACAAGACGCCGAGCUGGUAUACGGAAGUCCAUGAGCUAUAAGCGACAAGUCAGCUUCCAACAUGGUCGGCAAGGUUCUUAUGGUCAUCCAAAUCCGAAUCGCCCACUGGUGCUGUACGAAAGUGGUUCCAGUGAACGUCCUUAUACCCGCAGCACAAGCAAUCCAAGAACCGAGACUCAGAGCACGCCAAGCCUGUCUACGCCUUCGCAGACAUACCAGCCUCGAAAGUCUAGCUCAGAAAUGGACAUGAAGAAAUCUCGGGUGUCCAAUCACCAUUGGAAGGAUGAGACGCGCAAGGUGAGUGCCGAACUAGGCAAAAUCUGUGAGGAAGCCUUCAAUCGCUCCUCCAUGUCAGCUAGCGAAUUAAGUCCACAAGCUGCUUUGGAUUCCUCGGCGACGUCAAUAUCUGCCCACAACUACAAAGUGCCACGGAGCAUCCGGGAUCGACCAUUGCCCGCUACUCCGGUGCUUCAGGAGUUAAUCGAACGCCGUCACAAGAUCAUCGAGACCUGGGGUGAUGCUGAUAAGGCUGUGCUGGAAGAUAUGCUGGCUGCUGUGGACAAACGUAUUGAUGCUGAGAUAGACAAGCAGCGUGAUGCUGACAAGCGAGCAGCGUCUGACCCCACACACAGUGGAGUCCAGGCAAGAUAUCACCAAAAUAUCUCACCUACCGACACGAUGGAAGAUCUGAAGCGCGAUCGUGAUCACAGAGUGGCGUCAGCCCCUCUGAAAUUCCAAACACCUAGAGCUCGUCAGGAGAACACUAUCCGCCUUGUUACUCCGGACCCGACUUCCCCUUUGGCACGAAUUGAGCCGCUGAAAGUCCGCAAGAACAAGGCGAUGCCGAUCAACUCAUUGAGAGGUGGCCCUGUCGACAUGGCGAAGGCCCAGCAUGAGCGUGUCGGCUACGACAAGCGCCUCUACGGCAAGACUGGUCUUGACACGAUCGAGGAGAACCCGGGCUCACCAAAGAAACCAUCCACCGCUCGAAAGUGGUCAUGGCUUGGUAAACGCGGUUCAGGAGUGAACGACACGGCGGAGGCUGCUGCUCAGUCUAGUGAAGAUGUCAAGGGCGACCUCGAAUCGCAUGCAUCACAUGUGGUUGAACCGAGCGACUCCACUAAGUCCAUCACACUCUCGAGGACCAAGGACAGUGAGCCAGAAUCCGGCGACGUCGAAUUGAACAUGGAAAACAAGAGACAAUGGUUCAAGAAGAUGUUUGGCAAGUCCGCCAAGGUCAAGGACGACGCACCAUCCACCUUGGUGGAGCAUCGCAUUGUACGAGAGUUGUCCAACGAGACGGACACAAAUGACGCAGUUCAAAAUGUCGACGGCAUCGCGGUCGAUCACUCCAGGGGCGGACUUCGUAAGAUUUAUCCCCCAGCCACAAGCGUGGACGCAGCGGAAGCAGCAGCCGCUCUGGGUCCGAUCGAGAUCAGCCAGAAUUGGUUCGCAAAGUUCUUCCACAUCAAGCCUGCAAGCAGAGUCAUUUGUCUCCAGACCAGCAAAGGCAAGGCGAGAAAGGAGCUUACCAAGAUCUUGAAAGAAUGGCGAAAGUAUGGAAUCAGAGACGUCGUUGCUGAGCGCAGAACAGGCGGUGAUGUGGUACGGGCUCGUGUCGACGCCUCAAACUAUUUGCAAUUGAAACCCGUGCAUUUCCACGCAUAUCUGUAUUCUGUCCUUGAACAUGGUCGCAAGGCCAAUUUGAGCAUCAUGAAAUUCACCCAGGAAAAGGGAGCAGCGAGCAGCUUUUACAAGGUUGUGGAUACACUCGAGGCUCUCUUGAAGGAGCGAGACCUCCUUGUCGUUGACAUGCGAAGAAGGAAAGGUAUUGAAAAAGGCCUGAAGGAGGCAGGUCUAGCAUAA